AGGAGACAGACAGCCGUCUGCGCGCUGCGCCGCCGACGGGCAGGAAACAGCGUGCCAGGUAUCAUGACGCACCAAAAAUAUGGGCACUUUCCUGGACUUUUCCCUGUAAGCCUGCCAUGUGACCGUACCCACGCUGUUUAAGUCGACUUUAACCGGCUCCCCUUGAUGGAUCAGCCACAGGAGACUUGUGCGUCAUCCAGACCGGUCUGUCAUCUCGAUUCAUGUUGUUGUCAGAGUUUGAUGAUGUCAUUGUUUCUUUCAGAUGGAUCUGCGCUCCGCUGCUGCUGCGUCGCAUAUGUCAAAGUGAAGAGACACACUCUGUUCUCCCCCCUUGUCUCUGUUUGUGGCGAGCACAUUUUGGGCUCUUCUCUAGCUCUGCAAACCCCUGUCACUGCUGACUAACGAUGUGGUGCACGCUGCUGUGACACCGCAGAGGAACUUUAUAACCCAUAAAUAUUACUUAACUAUUACCACACGAACUUUUUCUCUGUGGAUGAGGAUUUGUUCUACCGAUCUAGCAAUAACUCAAGUACGCACACAUCUUUAAUUUACGAGUGUCUGUCAUUGCACCUGGACCAAUUUCACUAAAUCCAAGAAAGGUCCGAGUUGAAAAAGGUGCGCAGACGAGCAGGAUGCUCAGCUUUCUGACCUUCUGUCGUUGCUGACGCAUGUUGGGAACGAGAUGGGAUUGUAAACCACAGUAUGUGGAGCCAUCCCUGAGGACUGAGUCGCUGCUCUCUGAGGGUGUAUGGAGAAGAGCAGCACGAAUAUGACAGGCAGGACCCGAGAGGCGCUGGUGAACUCAUCUCCGGCGGUCGCGGCCAACGCGGAGGGCGAAGAGAUCGAGGUUUUGGAAAGUACUGAGGUCCUUCCCGUGGCUCCUGAGGACCAGUGGAAGUCUCUCUUUGACAAGUAUGACCCAGAGAAUUCAGGCUUUUUUUUUGCGUUCAGGGACCUGCUGGCGACCCAUGGCUCUGAGCUUGACCCACACAAACUUGAAGUCCUGUUAGCCCUCACUGACGGCAACGCUGAUGGAAAAAUCUGCUACCAGGACUUUGUUAACCUGAUGAGUAACAAGCGCUCCAACAGUUUCCGGAGGGCCAUUCUUCAGGGGAGCCGGCAGUUAAAAGGCUGCAGUCUCAGAGACGAAGUUGGCUUGGGACUGUCCCAGCAGCUGGUCCGACAUAUCGCCUACGAGACGCUACCCCGCGAGGUCGACCGCAAGUGGUACUUUGACAGCUACACCUACUGUCCCCCACCAUGGCUCAUCUUGACUAUCACCAUUGCUGAGGUGGUUGUGUUCAUGUACUAUGGGUUCCAGCUGGACCGGUUGGUUCUGCAGGUGUCCAGCCCAUCAUUCCUAAAGAGCCAUUUACCUUAUCACCCCCAGCUACGAGCCCAAGCCUGGAGGUACCUCAGCUACAUUUUCAUGCACACUGGGAUUGAACACCUGGGCCUGAACAUGGCCAUGCAGCUGCUAGUGGGAGUCCCUUUAGAAAUGGUCCAUGGAGCCCUGAGGAUCGGACUGGUCUACGUGUGUGGUGUGCUGGCAGGGUCUCUGGCAGUGUCUGUCACCGAUAUGACGGCUCCAGUGGUUGGGUCGUCUGGGGGAGUGUACGCCCUGGUCUCAGCACAUUUGGCUAAUGUUGUAAUGAAUUGGUCGGGGAUGAAGUGUCAAUUUAAGUUAUUCCGGAUGGCCAUGGCUCUGGUGUGCAUGAGUGUGGAGUUUGGUCGGGCGGUGUGGUUGCGGUUCUACCCUCCGGCCUUUCCUCCAUGCCCCAAUCCCAGUUUUGUAGCUCACUUGGGAGGAGUGGUCGUUGGUCUAACACUGGGUGUGGUGGUCCUGCAGAACUAUGAACAGCGACUUCAGGAGCAGUCCCUGUUUUGGAUCUUCUUCUGUGUAUACACCUUGUUUGUUCUUUGUGCUGUCUUUUGGAACAUUUUCGCCUACAGCUUGCUUGACGUGCGACUGCCCCCACCACCGUGACUUGCUAAUUAGGGGCAGACAAGACUCUGUACCCCCUGUAUUUCUCCAUUGGUAGUUGCCUGACUGCCUGGCUGGAUGAGUCACCUCAUCCCUCAUAUUCUGAGCUUCAUCGUGGGGUGAUCAGAGUGGUGUAACAGCCACCUUCCUUCUACAUCCAGUGCUCUUAUGUAGGGAUGCCUGACCUGCAGAACUCCUCCCUGUCAUUCCCGUCAUACAUUUUUCAACCCACCUGCUACCUUACUGGGUCAAGCCUUACCAUUCGCGCUUACCUUACAAGCUAACCAUACCUGCUACUUGUCUUUAUCUCUGUUGGAUGUUUGUCUCAAGCAAGCCAGUAGGACUUUUGUUGACAACACUGUGCUGACAAAUGAGAAGCCUCAGAUCUAACACAACAGGAACAAGCUAGAACAGCCUCCUUCACAUUGUUUAACCUUCUCUGCCUCUUCCUCCUCAAUCCAACCGUGCCUAGUCAUGGAGACUUGAUGGAGCCUAAUGAAAGUAUUUCUGCAUAGUUGCCUCUUGUGUAGGGUGACAGCAAAUAGUAUAACCCUGCAGUAUAAAACUUUUUUUCAGACAAAAAAGUUCACAAAAUGGCUGGAAACAGUCUGUGCCCUCAUCAUCAGUGAACGAAGAAUAAGGUCAUGUGAGAAUUUAAGCUCAUUUGGUGUUUUGUCACAUUACAAGCAGCUCAUGAGCAUCAGAGGUACAGAUAAAGCAGACAGCAGGAGAGCUAAACCUUUCACAAUAUAGAGAUGUCAUGGAGUUAAGCUGCAGCAACCUUCAAAAGUUCAUUUGAAUUUGCCUUUGAAAGAAAGUGUGGGUUACUUUUUAGUGUUGCCUUCCGCAUUCUGCACUUUUCCAGAGAAAGAAUUCAUUUGUGUUCAGAACUAUUUGAACCUCAAACUUGUGUCUUUGAUUGUUUCUGUGUGUGUAAGCAGUGCAACAAUUGCAGCAUUGCCUGUACAGCAACAGAGGUGCCAUUCAGACUUUAGGUUUUCAAAAAUAAUGCCAAAAUAUUGCUACAAGCACUAGGGGAAGAGCUCACCCUCCUGACAAGUAUUUCUUUUGUAUUGAAAAAAACAAAUAUAAUUUUUUCUGUAAAGAGUUGGUUGGAUGUAACAGAACAUUUUCAUGAUCUUCAACCCAGAAGUGCACUCAAACUCUUGUCGUUUUGUUGUCUUCUUUGAGCAUUCAGUGAUUAUUUGAUAGCUUAAAACUGCAAAGAAGCAACAGAAGUUCAUUUGUUGACUGGUGAGGCGGUGAAUUAAGGAAACAUUGGCCAGUGGGGACAGCUGGACCAUUCUGAAUAAAUUCUGACUUUUUCUCAUUACCAAAUGUAGAGGAGCACACAUGCCUGACCUCCACGACAUUUGUGCUGGGGCCAUUUCACUCUCAAGUUCAGAAGGCAGCAGGAGAAAGAAGUAAAUCUGUGCUCUCUCAGUAGUUCCUGUCGCACCUGAUUGAACUGGGGUAGAAAGCAAACCCAGCCCUAAACUAUAAGUCCUAAACAGUACUGUAUUUUAACUUCAUGUUACACUGGUAACACAAAAAUGACAAUGUAUUUAAUUACAGUCUGUGAAUUAAAUACAGAUGGAUAUUUUAACACGCAUUUGCUGUUGAUAUUUCUUUUUUACUUGGUGAUAUUGGUUUGCUGCGUAAAUUGUUUGGUCGGUUUUCAUUGUGAUAUGUUAGCUAUAUACAUCCUCUAUUUAUUAUUUUAAAAUUGGUUAAAAAGAUGGCCUGGGAUUGUAUAUAAUAAGGGCUAUGACACAAAACUGAGUGAAGGAGUAAAUCACUGAUAAUAUUUUAAC